GUUUGAGCCGGUAGGUGGUGUUAUUUUUUUCUGCCUCCCCUCAGUCUCAAAAGUUUUAUAUGAUGCUGUCUGUCUGUUUGCGUUGAAUGAAGAUGGCGACCAGUUCAGAGCGUAGUCCCCCUCCCUUUCCCGAGGACCUGGAACCGGAGCCUGACGAAGUUGGAGACCAAGACAGUGAUGACGGAGAAGACAUUUUUCUUGGCGCAGAUAACCCAUUGGAGAUAAAGAUGGACCCUUCGCUGUCUGCAAGUGACAUCGCAAGUUCAACCAAACCACUGAGUGAAGCAUCUAGUCCUCCAGUGAUGGACAUCCUUAGUGAACCAGCAAGCGAGGCAUCUAGUGCGCCAAUGGUGGACCUCCUUAUGGAACCAGCAAGCGAGGCAUCUAGUGCUCCAAUGAUGAACCUCCUUAUGGAACCAGCAAGCGAGGCAUCUAGUGCUCCAAUGAUGAACCUCCUUAUGGAACCAGCAAGCGAGGCAUCUAGUGCUCCAAUGGUGGACCUCCUUAUGCAACCAGCAAGCAAUGCAUCUGGUGCUCCAAUGGUUGACUUCCUUAUGGAACCAGCAAGCGACGACCUAAAGGAGCCUCCCAAACCUGACAUCGACCCAUUGGCUGACAUUAUCAACGACACUCCACUCAGUGAAGUCAAAACACUGGUUGCUGCGAUGCCCCAUGAGCCACCGAGCGACCUCUUUGACGAUGAGCCCAGCGAACUUUUCGCUGAACCACGACAAAGUAACACUGCCAAGCAACAACAAACUAGCAUCUUCGACGAACCUGAUGACGACCUCUUCGGCGACCCACUGGGUGAAGCCUCGAAGAAACCUCAGAAUGAUGUCUUCAAAGAAGCACUUGCACCAGUGGUUAAAGCUAGCAAUGUCUGCGGGCCUCUGAGUGACAACUACAAAGAGGACCCCACUGAUAUAUUCACUGAGGAGGCCAUCACUACUCUCCCUAGUGCAGUCAGUACUGUUUCCGUCAACUCCAAGACCAACGGGGUCCACUCCGAUGAGGAGGAACCUGAUAUAUUUGCAGAAGCCACUGUAGAGCUGUCUCUGGACAGUCCUAGGAAUGACAGAAAAAAGAAAGAGGCAGGCAAGCCCUCUGCCUCUGCCCCUGCUCCCUCAGUCUCAACAAGUGCUUCCAAACCGCAACCCAAGACCCUGGAGGAGUUGGAAGAGGAGGUUGAGGACAAAUUUGAGCUGAAUAUCUCAAUAACCAAUCCAGAGAAAGUUGGGGAUGGCAUGAACGCAUACAUGGCCUACAAAGUCUCCACACAGACCACACUGCCCAUGUUCCGCAGUAAGACGUUCACAGUGCGCCGGCGUUUCAGUGACUUCUUAGGCCUCUACGAGAAGCUCUCGGAUAAACACACGCUGAACGGCUACAUUGUGCCCCCGCCGCCUGAGAAGAGCAUUAUGGGCAUGACUAAAGUCAAAGUGGGAAAAGAGGACAACUCGUCGGCUGAGUUUGUGGAGAGGAGGCGGGCGGCUCUGGAGAGGUAUCUGCAGAGAGUGGUGUUCCACCCAUCGCUGCUACAAGACCCUGAUGUCAGAGAAUUCUUGGAGAGAGACGAUAUGCCCAGGGCUCACAACACCCAGGCUCUGAGCGGCGCCGGCUUCCUGAAGAUGAUCAACAGGGCUACAGACUCCAUCAGCAAGAUGACCAUCAAAAUGAACGAGUCGGACGUGUGGUUCGAGGAGAAACUGCAGGAAGUGGAGGCUGAGGACCAGCAGCUGAGGAAGCUCCACAUCAUGGUGGACUCUCUGGUUGGACACAGAAAAGAGUUGUCGGUAAACACGGGGGGCUUUGCCAAGAGCGUGGCGAUGCUGGGCAGCUCGGAGGACAACACGGCCCUGUCCAGAGCCCUCUCCCAGCUUGCCGAGGUGGAGGACAAGAUGGAGCAGCUGCACCAAGAGCAGGCAGCCAGCGACUCGUUCUGCUUCGCCGAGCUGCUCGCCGACUACAUCCGCCUGCUGGGAUCCGUCCGGGCCUCCUUUGACCAGCGGAUGAAGUCGUGGCAGCGCUGGCAGGAUGCUCAGAACAUGCUGCAGAAAAAGAGGGAGACAGAGGCCAAGCUGCUGUGGGCCAACAAGCCUGACAAGCUGCAGCAGGCCAAGGAUGACAUCACUGAGUGGGAGGCCAAGGUGACUCAGUAUGAGAGAGACUUUGACAGAGUCUCUGCUACAGUUCGCAAGGAGGUGCUCAGGUUUGAGAAAGAGAAGGCCCGCGAUUUCAAAAAACAGAUCAUCAAAUACCUGGAGUCUCUGCUACAGUCGCAGCAACAGCUGAUAAAGUACUGGGAGGCAUUCUUGCCAGAGGCAAAAGCAAUUGCGUGAUGGAGUCCGCCAGCCAAUGGAAAGAAAGAAGAGGAGGCUGCCUUUUUUAUACACUUUACCUCUCGCCUAUAAACCAAGAAAAUAACCAGAGAGUGCGCUGCAAAGGGAAAUUUGAUUCGUUUUUUAAAAUCAUCCUAAACCUAUAGCGCUUCAUUCUAACUGUUGUAUUAAUAAUUGUAUAUUUUCAUUUAACCUUCCACAUAUAUUUUCUAAAUGGUGAAAACAAACUUUAGCUCUUUUGUGAUGGUAUGGAUGUGUGUGAGGGCUGGGUGUCCUACUUGCGUAUGCAAUGUUAAUGAUUCCAUUAGUUUCCACUUCAGAGCAGGAGAAAUCAUUGUUCUCAGUGCAACAUCCUUAUAUUAACAAUAGGAGAUUUUUACACAUUAGCAUUGUUAAUAAUUCACAACAGAGUGCCCAUCACACAAAACAUGACACACUAGGCAGAGUUUCUGGGGCUUUCAAGGGGACCUAGUUGAAUUAAAUGCCCAAUUCCAAAUCAAACACCAGCACCAUACUCCCCAUGCACUUCUUAAAAAUCAGGAUAAAGGAUUGGGUAGAAGUAAGCAAUAAUAACACAACAUCCACCCAGUCUUCCAAAAGGCUUGGCGUUAUUGCUAUAUUGUGGCUGGGGGUCCAUUUGGAAUUGAGUCAAAGACACACGUGGAGCCACAUUCAGCCUGUAUAAUUUGGGAGGAUCUUGAGAUGUUUAAAUUUCAAAAUUGAGUCAAACUUUUUUUUUAUUAUUAUACAUGAUCGGUUCAAUCACUGUGGACAUGACAUUAACCCUCCAAAAUAAAAGUCAAGAAAAUAAGAACCAUGGUUGAUUGUGUGAAAAAUAAUGUAAAAAGUUGAAACCACGUCAGUAACUGUUAAAAGUACUGCUGGUCCACAUGGAAAACGCGUUAAUUUCAAUGGAAGCUGUCUUUAUAUAAUAGUUAUUGCAGAUUGUGAUGAAUGGCAUUGGAUUUGGGGGGAAAUUAAACUGUUUCAGGGAAAUACUCCUACAUCAAAAGGGCAAUCAAAUCUUCUCAACAUGCAUUGUAGUUUUCACUUUGCACGAGGAACCGCAUCCAUUAAAAGGUUCAACUACCUGUAA